GAAAUAAACGAGCCAAUGGAUCACAGUUGUGGACAACAGUCGUAUAAACCCUAAUAAUGGUUCCCGCCAUCCCAAAUCCUUCACCACCAUGUGGCCGUCAAUACAAUUACGUAACGUAGUCACCGUUCUACACGAUACUCCCGAGAUCUGGUCUGAGCUGCUAAUCAGAGGUGUCCUCCUCAUUCUAGUGUGCCUUAUGCACGUCAACGUUCCUCCCUACAUGUACCGCCUUACUUCUGUUGAUUUUGAUAAUUACAGGCGCCCACGAAGAGACUCAAUCGUGCCUCUAUGGAUCAUGAUAGCUAUAGUUAUCGUAGUCCCUCUAAUGUUCUUUACUUACUCUGCGGUAGUCUCCAGAAAUUAUGUAGAUUGCACCCAGUGUUUUCUCGCAUGGACCCUCGCUCUAUCAAUAAACGCCUUCAUCACAGAAAUAAUAAAACUCGCAAUCGGACGACCGCGGCCUGAUUUCUUCUACCGCUGUUUCCCAGAUGGUAAAAUGACCGAGAAAUUGACCUGUGCUAAAGUGACUAAAGAUGUUAUCGACGGCAGGAAGUCGUUUCCUAGCGGACAUAGUAGUUUUUCGUUUUGUUCGAUGGGGUUCCUAAGUUUGUGGCUAUACGGGCGGCUGGGAGCACUGAAAAGUGGGCAUGAGCGGGUGCUGGCGGUGCUGGCGUGUAGCGUGCCCCUGAUGUUGGCGGCGAUGGUGUCCAUCAGCAGGUGCUUCGACAAUCACCACCAUUGGGAAGACGUUGCUGCUGGCUCCCUGAUUGGUUUCGUCUCCUCCUAUACGUGUUACGCUCUAUAUUACUACCCUCUGCGUUCGGACUUAUCUGGAUACCCCUGCAUUGUCCAUGAGGAGGACAUUACCCAAGAAACUCGCAAUUCGUCGACUAGACAAGACUCUGUGGAAUAUGAAAACGGAAGAAUCCAAAUCAAAGAAAUAAAAGCAUAAACUUUAUACUAGCG